GUUGGCAAUGUUUGACAAUAACAACAUUUUUGAAUUAACGCGCAAAUUAUGGAAGAAUUCCAACAAAAAAUACGUGAUUUUGGCCGAAAAGCCAAUUGGAAAAGUUGCAACAAAUAUCUUACUAACCAAGGAAUCGAAGAAGUUAUAAACUUAGUUAAAAUCAAAAUAAAUCACCCUGAUUUCGAAUCAUUAUGGACAUACCUUUUACGAACUUACAAAGAAGAUGAAAAUUCUCAUGGGGAUCGAUUCAAAAUGGUACUGUGUUGCUUGGAAAGUUUACAAUCACAAGAUGUUAGUAGUACAACUUCGGAAGCUGUUAUUAGUCGAUUAUGUUUAGAAUUAUUUAAUUUUCAUAGUAAUCAUUUGGUUGAUUUGUGUCGAUUAUGUUUAGAGUUCAUACAAAAAGGGGGUGUUAAUGAAGCUUGUUGGAGUGUUUUAUUACCAAAACUUUUAAGUGUAAUCGUUAAAAAAGAGCUUAUUGAAAAUCAAGGUGAGGAAAUGAGCGGAUUAGAAUACAAAACCCAAGUGAUUAAAGCGUUAAUAUUCAUGGAAUGGUCUGCUAAUAUAAUAAUACCUUUAACAAUUAUGUUUAGUGAUAUGACAUUAACUAAAGAAGAACAUUUUGAAGUAACAAAUAAAUUAGGGAAAUACACCGAGAAAUUAACCCCCCAAGAAAUUCCAACGUUUACAUACAACUUAUUAAAACUAUGUCGCCACCAAAACAACAAAUUAAUUUUUUUCUGUUUACAACAUUACUUUGGAACACGAAUUUAUAGCACAACCUUAGAGUGCGAAUCGAAUUCGGAGAGUUUAGAUUUAAUAUCGACCACAAACGAUGAUGAACUUUUGCAAACGCAAAGCACUGUACUAUAUCAUAUCCAACAAUGUGCUUUAUUGAGCCAUGAAAGUCUUAAAGAGUACUUUAAUUUUAUUAAGACCCUCACAAGGGCCCCUGAAUUCUUAUUACAUCCAUUUCAAUUAACCGUAUUAUUAUCAAUUUCUACAAUUUCCAUCCAUAAAACCGUCGUUUUUGCUAUUAUUAAACAAGCUAUAGUGAGAAUGUUACAAGAAGAGAUUAAACGUGAAGAAUCGAGUUGGUUAAAAACCAUGAUUAGUGAGUCGUUUAGUUUGAAUUCAAUUUUUGAUGUUAUUAUUGAAAAAAGUGUAAAAAAUUGUGAACUCGUUCUCCAUGGAUUAGUAAAUUUAUGUUUUGUAUUAUUAGGAGCUUCUCCAUUAUUAGGACGUGAAUCGCGUAUCGUUUCAAAACAAUGGGAUUUGGGAAAAUCUAUUUUAUUGAAAUUAAUUAAACGGGAAGUGCAAAUUGCUCCUUCCGUGCUUAAACGAUUAUGUGAAGAAAUUGUUACUUAUAAUUCUACAUUUCAAUAUAGUGAUUGUUUCUUUGGAUUUUCAAAACAGUUUCCUGUCUUGAUACUAGAAAAUAAAGGUUAUAUCCUUCAAAUGCUGGAAUCAUUGAUACUUUGCCCUGGAAAUGUUUCCGAACAAGUUUUGGAAGCUGUUGUACCAUUAACUAAACCGUCGCCUACUUUGAGGGAUCAUUUAAUUCUGCUUUUAAGGAAAGGUUUGCAUUCAAGAACACCCUCAUCUCAAACGAUAGCAAUCAAAGGAUUUUUAAAACUUUUAACCAUCUUGAAAAUUUCAAACCUAACAUCGUUAACGAGUCAAUUGGCCGGAUCGCAAAGUUCCUCAUCCGGACUGUCGGUUUUAACGCAAAUUUCAAUGAAUUGCACUGUUCAUACUACGCAAGGAAACAUUUUUUCGAACGAGGCUCUUUGUUUGGAAGUGUUGGGCAUUUUAAAACGGUGCUUUACGCAACCUUACGCGAUUAAAUGUAAGCUAUACGAAGGUUUAUCUGAAGUAGUUUCAAGAAAUUCAGAAAUAAGCGAAGCUGUACUCGAUUUACUUUGGAAUUAUUUUAUUUCUAAAUAUUAUGUUUCGGAUGAAAAUGUUUGUCCGCCUAUUAAAUUUAACGAGGUUUUUGUAACAAGAGAAAUUGAUGUUGUUUUAGAGGAACCCAUUGGAAAAUUAUUAUUUACUAUUUCUCUUAUCACCAAUAAAGUUUUAAAGCGCGAUGAUCAAAACUUAACCGCUAAAAAAAUUGUUACUGCUUUGAAUUCAAUAGUUGAGAGAAUGGGGAGAUGCGAACUUGUUCACUUUGAGCUGGAUGAUGGAACGUUUCUUCUGGACGUUUUACCCGAAGCAAAAUCGAAAGUUUUCGUUUUAGCACAAGCAAUGACAGUAUAUGAAGCUCUAAUCGGAUACAGAAUAGUAGCUUGGGAGAAAAAAUCCGAAAAUUACGCUCAAGACAUUAACACUUUAUUCCAAGGAUAUUUUAGAUUACAACGAUGCGCUAUGGAUGCCCAUAAAAGUAAAAAAGAGGAUCGCAAGAAAAAAGAUGGUAAUAAAACCGGAAAUGAUCAAAUCAAUAUUUCUUCAACAAGCAAAAUAAAUACUUCGACUCAAAACGACUCGAAUUCUACUAAAACUGGCGUUAAAAGUAGUAAACAUAUAAAAAUUCCUGAAAGUAUUUUUAACUUUAAAGUUGUUAAAAAGUUUUUGAAAAUUUUACAUUGUAACGUUGAAUUUAUUCCAACACUUUCGCUAAAUCAAAUAAAAUCAAAAAGCGAAAUUCACCGCCACGUGAUGCAAUCGACGAUUAAUCUCGUUCAAUCCUUGAAAAAAUCAAAACAUUUAUCUACAAAUCAAAAAAUUAAAGAUUAUAAAAAUUGUUUAAACGUUGCUAAAAUUAUUUAUAAACGUUGUUUAGAACGGAUGGAUGAAUUUGUCGAUUUUGAUCCCGUUACGACGGUUUUAGCAGCAGAUUGUUUCCAAAUUAUUUUAAAGCUGGUGUGUACUCGUUAUAAUGAUGAUUUAAGUAAGUUUCUGUGUGAAGUUGCCGAUUUGAACGAGAACAAAACUGAAUUCCUUGGACGUAUUAAUGUGUUCAUUGAAAAAUAUCAAGAACUAUUCGAAGCUGAUUUUACUGCAGGAACUGGAGACGUGGAUGGAAGAAAGCUUCAAUUGAUUGUUCUGUUGACUCUUGAGAUUUUGAUUCAUGAGUUACCUGACGAAGCUACUUUACCAUCUAAUAAGUUUUUAGAUUGGAUAAAAACUUACUCAACUCAAAACACUAUCUCAACAAAACCAAUCGUUUCAACCUUUUUAAACUUGUGGUUUACAAGUUACGUUAGAUUCAAAUCGAGUUUAGCCAUAUUUGAAGAAAUCGUUGAUAAUCUAUUAAAUACGUUUGGAUCAAUAACUCAAGAUACACAAGGUGUACACACUUUUGAACUAAUCAACGAAGCAACUACUCAUACAUUUAUUGAAAAAAUUUCCAUUAUCUUGAAGAUGAUGUUCGAUCACGUUGAUUUAGUUAUAAACAGAUUAAAAUCUGAAUAUUCCAUUUUAAUGUAUCCAAACGUCCAAAGUCUCGAACGACGAAAAGAAAAUUUAAAAAAUAAAGAACGCGGGAUCUCUUGUUAUCUUUGUCUAUUAAUAACUAUUUUAGAUUCCGUUUGUACGAUUUUAGUUCCAAUCGGAAAUUUAUCCGAAGCCGUUUUGAAAAAUAUUAUUUCGUUGUAUAACUGUUUAAAUACUUGUGCCAAGUAUUUUCUUGCCAGAUCAUCGAAUAUCAAUCCAGCUUUCCAAUCGGCAAGAUUUGAUAGCGUAAUAAAACUAGCUGGACGACAACUUUCUCCAUCAGUUAAUAAAUUUAUAUUUUAUUUAGAAGAAACUCAAAAAGAAAACGAAUCCGAAGUGAAAAAGAAAAAAAAAUCCAAUGAUAUAUUAAAAAACAAAGUACUAUACGAAACGAAAUCGAUUCCUAAAGUCGUAUACUUAACUGAACAAUUUAGCCGUUUAGUUACCCAGUUAUCAAAAAAGACCAAAAUCGACGUUUUUAAAUACAUCGGACUUGGUACUACGAGAGAUUUUCGUAUUAAAGAUAUUAAUACCGUUUUAAAGAAAAGUAUAGAUGACACUGAUGUUACUGAUGAAUCUUUACAAGAAAGUGUAGUUGAAGAAGAAAAUGAUAAUGAAGUCUCAAUGGAAGAUGUGGAAAGUAAUAGCGAAGGUGAAAAAGAGGAACCACCUUUAAAGAAAAUGAGACAAUAAUUUUUUAUUAAGUAAUAUAUUAUAAUACACCAUUUAUUUCGUUUAAAUG